AUGUCGGACGUUCCAGCGCCCACGCAGGAGACGAAGGAGGAGGACUGCCGCAAGGUCAACCUCGUCUCGAUGGACGGCGACAGCUUUGAAGUCCCUCGUGGUGUGGCCGCCAUGAGCGAGCUGGUCAAGACACUGAUCUCCGAUGAUACGGACGACGACGAGGUGCAGGAGAUCCCGUUGCCUAACGUCAAGAGCCCCGUGCUGUCGAAAGUGAUUGAGUUCUGCAACCACCACCAGAACAAUCCCAUGCGGGAGAUUGAAAAGCCACUCAAGAGCGCGGACAUGCACGAUGUCGUGUCGGAUUGGGACGCGAACUUUGUGGACAUUGAGCAAGAGAUUCUGUUUGAGCUCAUUCUGGCCGCUAAUUACAUGGACAUUAAGAGUCUGCUGGACCUCGCGUGUGCCAAAGUCGCGAGUAUGAUCAAGGGCAAGACACCGCAGGAGAUUCGCGACACGUUCAACAUUGUCAAUGACUUCACGCCCGAGGAAGAGGCACAGAUUCGCGAGGAGAAUAAAUGGUGUGAAGAAGCGUGA